UUGCAAUCUUUGUGUUGAGUAGCAAGGCAUUCUGUCGGCAGAGCCGACGCUUUCUAGUCCCUUCCUGUCAUGUCAAAUCUGCUCAUCAGUGAUGACGCUAUUCGCAUCAGAUGCGAAAACCCACUGAUCACAGGUAGAUCUCCCUUUUUGUUACUUGUCGCGCGCACGGCAUCACUAGGAAUCUCGUGGCUUCCACCCAGCGCAUAACAGCGUCAAAAAUCUUUGCCACCCAAAGAACGCUCGAUAUCGAGCGCGAAAUCGGCGCGACUGCAAGCACCAUGUCGUCGUCGAUGGCAGAUGCACCAGCGGCGGAACCCAGCACCGGGGAUAAACGCACCUUCCCGUCCGAGGUCCCACCCUCGCUCUUUUCCGAUAUGGAGAUGGCAGAUACACAGGCGCGCGAAGACACGCCCGACGCGAAGCGCGCGAAAACCGAGCAGCAGCAGGAGCAGCAGGAGGGCACCAGCGCUGCGACCCCGGCCGCACCGGGCAAGAAGCUCACGGGCAAGGAGCGGCGGCAGGCGAAAAACAUGCAGGGCGCGGGUCGGCGCAAGCGCGAGGGCAAGCGGGACUACACGCGCCCCGAAGGGAGUGCAGAUGCGGCUGAGGGCGACGCGAAGGACAAGACGCCGCGGCUCCCGAAGCGCAUGACCGCGCUGCUGCUGGGGUACUGCGGGUCGGGGUACCAUGGGCUGCAGAUCCAGAAGGACGGGACGGGUGUCACGACGAUCGAGAAUACGCUGUUUGAUGCGCUGACGCGUGCGGGCGCUGUAUCGCAGGACAACGCGAACGAUCCGACCAAGGUCGGCAUCGCUCGCGCAGCUCGCACGGACGCUGGCGUACAUGCUGCGGGCAAUGUAGUGGCGCUCAAGAUGAUCACGGAGGUGCCUGGUGUUCCGGACAUGGUUGUGCGCGUCAACGAGGAGCUUCCGCCGGAGAUCCGAUUGUGGGGGCUGGUUCGAGUGCAGAACUCAUUUAAUCCCCGAACUAACUGCGACAGCCGAAAAUACACCUACUUCUUUCCGACGUACCUGCUCAUUCCGCCGAAACCUAGCUCGGCAUUGUAUCGAGUGCUGACGGAACAUACUGCAAGCUUCAAUCCGCCUGUCCCGCCGCCCAUCCUCGGGCACUCGUUCUGGGACGCCGCGCCGGCGGACAGUGCGGCCGCAGAUGACAUGGCGCGGAAGCGCGCGUGGCGGGUCGGGCCAGAGCAGAUGGAGCAGCUGCGCGCAGGGGCCCGCAAGUACCUGGCCACGCACAACUUCCACAACUUCACGGUCGACGGCGCGUUCAACGAUCGGAGCAAUAUGCGUGUCAUGAAGGCCAUCGACAUCGCAGACCCGGUCGUGUACGGGGAGACCGAGUGGAUCAACGUCCUGUUCCAUGGACAGAGUUUCAUGAUGCACCAGAUUCGCAAAAUGAUCAGCGCGCUUGUGCUUUCGGUGCGCACAGGCACGCCCGCGGAUGUCAUAGAUGAGCUCUACGGUCCGCGAGACAUCUUCAUCCCGAAGAUGCCGGCGCUGGGCCUGCUGCUCGAAGAGCCGCUGUUCGACUCGUACAACCAGCGACUGGACAAGUUCAACGAGAAGCACAGCCCGGGCGACCCUGACUACCGCCUCCCGAUCGACUUUGAGCCGUUCCACGCGCAGAUAGCCGCGUUCAAGCAGAAGUACAUCUACGACAACAUGCGGAUGGUGGAAGAUCGGGAUGGACUCUACGACGCGUGGAUCCGUAACGUGGAUGACUACGCGGGGAACGAUCUGUUGUACCUGAACCCCAAGGGUGUCAUUCCCUCUGCGGCAGUAGUGAGAGACCGCAGAGACCGCCAUCGGAAGGGCGGCUUCAAGGAGAAGCGUCUGUUCGAUGCGACGAGUUUCCCGACUGGUGGGAAAGAGAGCGGCGCUGUCGACGAUGAGGACGUCGAGGCUGAGAGCAAAACAGCGGAAGUGGAGGGUUAGCGUAGCCUGUAUUGUGCGCUUAUUACGAUCAGAGUGGCUGUGCCCGUCUUUGCUCUUGACCGCGAUGUCCACGAAGUUCCGACACCGCGGCAUUGAAGAAGAGGAUGCUGCCGCCCUGAAGCUCGGACACGAAUUCAACAACGCCGGAUGUCUGCUCAUCUCUGAGGUGAAGUACCUGCUCGAGAACCGGGACAAGGACGCGCCGGACACCAAGGUGUAUAACAAGACACUGGAGUACGUGAAAACGUUUGCCAAGUUCAAUACGACGGACUCGGCAAGUGCGGUGCGCGAGACGCUCCGACGCGAGCCUGCGCUCACGCAAUUCGAGACGGCGCAGAUCGCGAAUCUGUGUCCUGGGUCAGCAGAGGAGGCGAAGAGUGUAGUUCCAAGUCUGGUGAAGAUCGAAGACGACCGGCUCGAGGCGCUGUUAAGGGACAUCCAGACGAUGCGCAAGUACCAAUCAUGAUGGGAAUGCAGACGCAGUGAUUUGGUCUAUCUGUAUAUUUCCUCCGGUUGUACGCUACCUGUCGAUUCCUGCUAUGUUCUCGCCGAGUGGAUGUGAAAAGCGACAAUGCCUACGUCAUCGCUAUCAGCCCUCUGAAACUGGUCGUCGUGCCUUGUCUGUUUUUCGCCCCCUGAGGGUGACCACAGCCACCAAUCUGAAUCUUAACACCAUCAGCUCGAGAUACUCCUCUCCGAAGUCACUGUUGGUUCUCUUUGGACCACACAUCUGUACACGGGACGAAAGAGUCUCGUCCUAUCCUCUCAUCCUCCUCUUUGACGCCAAGCCCAUGGCCGCCUUGCCCUGAUCAUGACGCCGGGCCGAGCCGCAAGGUGGCCGGAGGACAAUCGACCCAAUCCGUCAACGUCAAGAAACAGGGGGCAGGCAGUUAUUAUGUGUCAAGUGUUUGUGUCGCCUUGCCCGUUAUUCAUGACCCCCACUCCCGCCGUUCUUUGAUUCUCUUACACGGUACGUAUUUCUAGGCCGUUCGAUGGACUAGAUCGACGAACCCGAGUAGAAGCCCUAUUACGCGUCCUCUUCGCAUCCACUCCUUUCUCUCCGUCCCAACGAUGUCCACAACUCGACCUCGCCGACACAGCAGCAGCAGCGUCGCCCCUUGUCCUACGCACCAGCAUUCUGAAUCGUCCUCACUUGAUUUCGGUCCUGUGGAGACGAAGAGCGAUGCAAGCUCGCGCCGGCACAGUCUAGUCAAGCCCGUGCAGUCAUCCCCAUUCAUGGCGACCCCUGAGAUCGCGCUUGCAGUAGCCUCUACCCCCAACCUUCUGCUUCCAGUCGCGGUCUCCCCGCCCCUUCCACCGAGAAAAGUGCGGACCCCGCCGCAUUUGCCACUACCCCCCACACCCAUCAGCCCCACGAUUCAGCCUCCUCCACCCUCACCCCGCUUAGGACGUGAUCGCGCAUCGAUGUCGGAUCUCUCCGCCUCGUUUCCUGCCCCACCAACCGAUUUCCUCCCGCGAGCCUUCAGCCGCAGCCGCGCUCAACCCCCGAUCCCCACGCGCGCGAACACCGCGCCCUCAGCCGUGCCCCCGCACCAGCACGCGACAGACAGCCAGGGCAGCCGGCAGUGGCUCACGUCCGCGCAGGACGUGCCGCGCUUCUCGCGCACGGCGCUGGCGGGCGUCGUGCUGCCCGUCCCCGCGCGCGACGCGAAGCGGAGCUCGAACCGGGUGUCGCUCGUGCACGUGCACGUGCCUGCGUCGCCGCCGACGCCGAGGCUGUCGCGGGGGCACCGACCCGGGAGUCGGUCGUCGUCGUCCUCUGGCGGUGGGCCUGCGACGCCGAGCGCCAGCUCGUCGGCGGGUCAUACGGCGACGGAGCUGGAUCUAGGCCUGCAUGCGAUGUCUGUGCUGAUGUCGGACGACGAGGACGAGCAGGCGCAGGUUGUGGCGCUGCACAGUCAUGGUAGCCAUGUGCGCCGGAGGAGCUCGACGAGUGAUCUGCACGAUACGUCCCAUCGGCAGAAGCUGGCGUGGAGUCGCAGCCACCGCAGGUCGCAUGCCAAGGGGACGAGUUUUCUGUCGUUUGGGUCCGAUGACUCGCUGGAAUCGUUCGUGCACUUUGGUGCCAGGCAGCAAUCGGAUGCUUCGUCGACGAUUGCAGCCAGUAUGGUGACCAUCCCGCUUUCGACGCACAGCCAGUGGGCUGAGUCACCUGAGCUCACUGGCUUGACGAGUAAACAGAAGGAGGGGAGUGGGACGAUGAAGAGGAUAUUCAAGUCUUUCAUGAAAAAAGGUCAUUGAUAUUGGACAUUAGGGCGCAUACACUCUUUCACUAAUUAUAUAUGUAUAUAAUCAUACCAGGAUCUGCUCAUCCUGCAUCAGUUCUGGAGUGUAUGAUGCCCACCGCUCUGUGCAGAUUAGACAUGAUAAGAUAAGAUCGUGUGCCUGGG